UUCCAAGAACAUGACAAAUCAUCACCGGAGGACCAAGGAAAUCCACUUCAACAAUAUCAUUUUGGCUUCCCUUUCUUGCACCAGAUAGACACUGCUUCAAAAAAUUCAAAUGAGAUAAUCCUGGAAAUUAGAGCAUUUGUAAGGAUGCACAAACUAAGACUACUUCGGCUUAGUUAUGAACAACUCUCUGGAAGUUACGAAGAAUUUCCUAAAAAACUAAAAUGGUUGUGUUGGAGUGGGUUCCCUUUAGAAUCUAUUCCAAUUGAUUUUCCGGUGGAGAGCCUGGUUUCUCUUGACAUGCGCUAUAGCAACAUGAAACAAGUUUGGAAUAGAACCAAGGUCUGGUGCAUUUUUUUCGCUUUCCUUCUUUUGUCAUUUGGCAAUUAACUAUAUACAUGUGUAAUGUAAGAACUAAAUUUCCACCUUUCUCUUUUUCUUUUUACAGUUUCUUGGAUUAUUAAAAAUUCUCAAUCUCAGUCAUUCUCAUAAUCUUGUCAAAACUCCUGAUUUCUCAGUACUCCCUAAUCUGGAGAGAUUGAUUCUUAAAGAUUGUAUAAGCUUGGUUGAGGUUCAAGAAUCAAUAGGGAACUAAGAGAGACUUGUUUUCUUAAAUCUAAAAGAUUGCAAAAAUCUUAGGAAUCUUCCUCAAAGCGUUAUUAAGCUAAAAUCUCUUGAGACACUUAUUAUUUCUGGUUGCUCAAAACUUAAUGAGUUGCCAACGGAGUUGAAGAAAUUAGAAUCUUUGAAAGUAUUUGCUGCUGAUGGAAUUGCAAUAAAUAAACUUCUUGCUACCACUAGGGAGCUCAAAUCAUGGCAAGCAUCUUUUUGGUAUUUGGUAUCAAUGCCAAGGAAAAGUUCAGAAAUUUCAUGGGCUUCUUUACCCCACUCUUUAGCGAGCUUAAGCCUAGCGGACUGCAAUCUGUCAGAUGAUGCCUUUCCCAGAGACUUUAGUGGCUUGUCCUCGUUGAAGAACGUAAAUCUAAGCAAAAAUCCAAUUCAUAGGCUACCAGAUUGCAUCAGAGGUCUUACUGGUCUCCAAACGCUUCAGUUAGAAUCCUGUACGAGACUCAAAUGGCUUGUAGGGCUACCAAGUGUAAAAAAGUUGAUUGUUUCAGAAUGUACAUCAUUGGAAAAAAUAACAUUUCAAUCCCUGUUACCAAAUUCGGAGGUUUCAUUAAGACAGUGCUACAACUUAGUUGAGUUUCAAUCCUCCUUUAAGAUAGAACCUAUUGAAGAAGUUGAUAGGGAAAUGAUCAACAUUUUGGGCUUCCCUGACUUGGCAUCCAUGGAAAACAUUAAGAUGGAAUUUGCAAAUGGAACAUUAGGACUAUUCCACACAAAGACAUGCCCCAUCAUGGUACUCACUCUCUCUCUCUCUCUCUCUCCCACCUUCCCUUGUGCAAGAGUUGAAUGUUAUGAUUUCUAUGGCACAGGCACUGCAUGAAUUUGGUCUAUUCAACACAUUUUGUCCUGGAAAAGAGGUUCCAAGCUGGUUCAACCAUAGAAAUAUGGGAUCCUCAGUAUCUUUCAUCGUGCCUUCACUUCCUUAUCUCACGGUCCGAGGUGUGAAUGUCUGCACUGUGUAGGCAUUUUCUGAUGAUGAGAGAGACAAAUUACCUCAUCCAUUAUUUGCUAAAAUCUUUAACAAGAGCAGGUGUUUGAAGUGGAUUUACGGACCAUCAUGCUUACCGGUUCCAGAAGACGAUGGACAUAUGAUAUAGUUAAGCCAUUGGAAACUUGGGAAUCAGUCGGAUGGUGGUGAUGAAGUGAGUGUUUCAAUAUUUAUGGAUGUUGGUUUUGAGGUAAAGGAGUGCGGUAUCAACCUUGUGUAUGAUCAAGAGGAGAGAGUGGGUACACAAGAAAACGCAUCCAAUCUUUCUCCUGAAGAUGUUAUUGAUGGAGAUUUAUCGAGAUAUGAGGUGAUGACAGGAACAUACUUCCUGUGUGAAGUAAUUUCAAGGAGUUAUGACUGGAGUAGCUCAGAUUGGUUUGAAAAAUUAAUUGAGGACUCAAACAAAACUACAGAAAAUGAAGAAGAGCGCAGGGCUGGUCAGCUGACAGUGGCAGCAGGAGAGUUUGGCAGUGAUGAUGAUGAUGCUGGCCAUUGUAGAUGCCAGAAGCUAAGAAUUCGUGUUGCGGUCUUUCUUCUCUCUCUUUCAUCUCUUGUUCUUCUCUCUGUAGGAAUCAAGCGACACGCCACAAAGAGAGAAAAGAAAAAUGGAGACAGCUAAUUGCUAAAGCUUAGUUUGCAUAGGCAUUGAAGAAGAUAAGAGAUUUUGGGAUGAUGAGGCAAUCUGGAUAGAGAGAUUAUUUCCAAAUUUCUAUACAGGAAUAACGAAGAGAGGUGUUUUGAGGAUGUUGCGGUCCUUGGGAUAGUUCUAAACUUUGUCGUAUAUAUUUUCUUUUGAUAUUAAAUAACAAACAGAGAAAAGGGUCAAAUUUUGAUCAUUUAUAAAGAUAAAAUUUAAGGUGGUUUGUGUUUU